AUAUUUUGUCGAUGCAGAUCGGAUACGACUAAGACAGUGCCGCAGUGAAAACUUUGGGUGUUCUCGCGGUCACUAUUAUUCGCUUCUGAUCUUCUGGCAGCUUUUCAUUCUGCAACAAAAGCAUCUUUUGCGUUGCUGACCGAUCAAUAAAUGGUGUUUAUCUUCUUUCUGUUUUUCAUUCAUGAGCAUGGCGUUGCGGACGCCAAAAGCUUGCAUACUUUCACGCAUUGGUCGGCGUUCGGUAUUCAUCCUGGAUGCAUGUUCGCGCACGUCACGGAGGAUCUGCAGGUUUUCUCUCUACCAAUUGCAUGCAUUUAUGGGAGUUCGGUCACGGAUGCAAUGUUCACGCAUGGUGUGGCGGAAUUGCUUGCAAAUUUCCCGUCGAUUGCACGCACAUGCUGCGAAUACCCUGCUGCCUUUUCUUUUCUUUUCCAAAAAUGGCGAGCAUGGCGAUGAGACAUGAGAGUCAGAUAGCUGUGGCCAGAGGGGGAUGUAACUAGCUCAGCACUCUGAUAGCAAUGAAUCAAGACACAUAAAAUAAAUGUCCGAUGACCCAAACUUCAUUGAGAC